AAUGUAAGAUGGCCGUUUUCGUAAAUAGUUAAAGUUUUGACGCCAUUUUGAUUAUCUUCAUAAUAUCCUAGUCGCUUAUGUUACUCCAUGAAUUAUUUUGCAGCGAAACUUGAAAUUUCACCGAAAUGAGUGAUGCAAAUACAUCGUUAUUUGGCAAUACGGAAUAUACUUGCGAAGAACACGGUUCCAUUCAAAAUCUAUUAAGAUUGAAACUGGGGCCAGAAUUUAUUAGUCAAAGACCUGGACCUAGUGGGCAAAAAUUGGCAUAUAUUGAAGGAUGGAAACUUAUUAACUUGGCGAAUGAGACGUUUGGUUUUAGCGGAUGGUCACACUCUAUCACUCAUCAAUCAGUUGAUUAUAUUGAUCAUAUAGACGGAAAAUACCAUGCAGGAGUGAGUGCCUUCAUCAAAGUAACGCUGAGAAAUGGAUCUUUUCACGAAGAUAUCGGCUAUGGUAUUAGUAGUGGCUUGAGUUCAAAGGGACUUGCAUUGGAAAAAGCCAGAAAAGAAGCCGUAACUGACGGUUUAAAGAGAGCUUUAAAAUGUUUUGGUAAUAGUUUAGGUAAUUGCCUAGGUGAUAAAAACUACUUAAAAAUUGUUCAAAGAACGCCUGCUAAAAUGACAGAGAAGACCGAUACAAAUAGUUUUCUUCGACGGGAAGGAGACGCCGGUGUUACUCAGGCAAGAUUGAAAAGGUUACAGAAUGUAGAACAAAACUAUACAAUAAGUGGAACCGUUGGAGGUAAUUCAACUAAUUACGCCAUGAGCUGCACGUCGAUUGCCCACGAUAGAACUGAUCUAUCGAAGAGUAACCCUAAAUUAACUAGCACUCAGAAGCAACCAAUUCAAAAACCCCAGAAACGCUCGAUUUCCGAUGUAACGCCUGUUGUAUGUAAGAAGAAUAAUCAAGUACCAUUAAAUAAUCAAAAUGCUAAUGGGAAAAUAACGGAAGGAAUGUCUAAUAAGAUAAAAUCAGAUAAUAGCCCCUCUGAUGAAAUAAUUAAUGAAGAUGAUUUUGAUGAAUUAGAAAUAUGGAAUCAAACUCAGGAAAUGGAACAAAUAAUGAUGAAUUUUAAAGAAGAGCCUCCUUGCGCGUAG